AUUUUGAUGUUUGUGGCUUUUGCCAGUCCAUUUUGGUAUAAAUCGUGGACAAGAGUUCACAGUCCGUUCUCCAAUAUCGGAUUGUGGCACAUUUGCCUGGCAGGAUACAUCAUACCUGGCGAUCCAAACAUGAAAAGUUUCGUUGGUUGCUGGUGGAUUCAUUCGACGGAAUUUGAAGGAGUCAAGACCCACUUCAUGCCGUCCUGGUUUAUGGGAAUUCAAGCGUUGUCCAUCUUCACCCUGAUAGCAGACAUAUUGUCCAUCAUAGCCUUAGUCCUGCAUCUUCCUCGUAAAAUCUACCAGAGAUGUUUCAAUCAAAAGAGAUCCAGAGUUCUUUAUUUGGCAAGUUUCUGUCAGCUAGUCUCAGCUGGUCUGGUAUUUCUGAUUGCCCUGGUGUUUGCUGAGAUGUGUAAUGACCCAGAAUGGAUGCCAAGACCCUGGAUGAACUACCUCUCCUGGGGCUAUGGAUUCUGUGUCCUCUCUGGCUUCUUCAAUGCCUUUGGUGGCAUGUUCUCCUUCGUCAAUGCC